UUCAGUUUCAUACUAACUGGAAAAGUUUGUCCUUGCUGGUGUGACCACAGGAACGAAGCUGAGAUUCACCUACCUCUUGUCCCUACCUAAGAAUUUUAAAGACCUCCUCUCAUUCUAUCCUGGGACGCUUCCAUUGAACCUAAUACUAGGAGUUCAACUAUGGAGAAUGACACUAAGAAAAAAACUGAGAGACAAAUGAAGACGUCAGCUAAUCAAAUGGAAAAAAACAUAUGUGAAGAUCCCGUAACCAGUAAGGGACUAUUGGAAUUGAGAAGGGUUUUGAAAGUGAUUUCAGCAGUGCCCAGAGCUUUGAAUCCUCACAUCAAGGAGUUUAUACAUACAACUUUGUCCUUGCAAGUGGUGCAGAGUGAUGAUGGUGCAGCUGACAGUCUCAAAGGGGUGCCAACAGUUCCCAGGCUAUCUUUGGAGGUAUUGAUCACACAGCUGGAUAUGACACUUGAGAAAAUUCGAGCGGCUAAUUGUAACGGACAUCAAUUAAAUAUGGAUUAUUAUCUGACAUUACUAUUUAUAUAUGGAUUAGCACUCAUUGAAAGGGGGACAAAGCAGGAUUAUUCUGAAGCUAGAAGUAAAUUCAUGACAAUGAAAAUGGAAAUUCAGAAGAAAGAAGAUUGUAGAAAUUUUUUAUCUUUAGUUUAUUUUGGAUGUGGUUUACUACUAGGCACUCAAAAAAGAUAUAAUGGAGGACUACUGGAAUUUCAAAAAAGCAAGCAAGAAAUAAAAGAUAAUAAUGAAAAUUGGUAUGGUAUAGACCAUAUAAAAGAUGAAGAUUUACCUGAAACGUUUCAAGAUCUUCUUGAUGACUAUAUUAAAAAAUAUGAAAAUCUUAUAGAAAAGGGGACUAUUUGCAGUUCCCGAGAUUGUGAGCGGUCUUGUGAGACAGAUAUUUUAAAGAAAUCUAAAUAUAAGGGUUUUGUUCAUCUCAUUUGUAGUGAAAACUGCAGUAUCUACUUCCAUAAAAUUUGUUGGGAAAAGUUCAAGAAUAUAAAGCAUUCUGGGAAAAGUGAUGAGAGUUUUAGUGAAAAAACAUGUUUGAAGAAAGGAUGUAUUGGUAACAUUGUAAAGAUGCAAAAAUGUGAAGGACCUGGAGUCUUUAAUAUUCUGUUUGACGUUUUGAAAAAGGAUGAAUGUAUACAAAGCUGUUUUAAAAAAUUCAAGACUCUUCCGGUCACUGAAGCUACGAAAAUGCAGAAGUUAAAUUUAAAAGAAGUGGCUGUGAAAUCAGGACUGAAUUCUCAUAGCCAGCAGGGACUUGUCCAGGGUCACACAGCUGGUUGUAAUCCAGAAGAGAUCUUUAAGGAUGAGAUACUAGAACAGAAUGCAUCUCCAGUAGACUCUAUUAAAGAUAUGAAAUCAGACCCAGAAGAACUGCCAGCAGAAAUUCCUAAAGAUGAAAAAUCAGCACUCAGUGAAUCUUCGAUAGAAUCUUUUAAAGAUGUCCAUGAGAGUGCUCAAGUUAACAAUAAAUCAAAGAAGAAGAAAAAGAAUAAGACUAAGAAGAAUAAAGAGCUGAAUAAAGAGCAUAGUCCAAAUGUCCUCAGAAAGGAAGAACAGGUAGAAAAAGUUCAAGAGUUAAAUCCAUAUCUGAGUAAUGGACCACAUAGAAAGAACCCAUGUGAUCUCCAGUGUGAUCCUGCCUCUGAGUCCUGUAGCCCAACUCAGUCAGACACUACAGACUUCUCAGAUCAGGGCACAAGGAACAAACCAACCACAAAACAUAUAAAAAGUCAAGAGGAAACCAGGGAGGAGCAGCAGCAGCAGCAGCAGCAGCAGCAGCAGCAGCAGCAGCAGCAGCAGCAGCAGCUCUGGGAAGCGCGGAGGCAGUGUGCAGACUUCAAAAAACAGUUGGACACCAUGAUUCUCCAGUGGCAACAGAAGCAAGUGCAGAUUAAAGAGAAAGAUAAAAUCAUUGCUGGUCUUAACCAACAAGUUUCUUCAGGAAACCACAAGAUUUCCAGAUUACAGCAGGAAAUCCAGGCUAAAGAUUCUGAAAUCAGGAAGCUUAAAGAGAAACUUGCUUCAGAAAGAUCUCAAUGGGAAAGGGAGAAGAAUAAGCUGGAAGCCAAAGCUAAAAAGUGCUUGAGCAAGCUGAAUGGAGAAACCAAUAGAGCUAUAACAGCAGAGGUGUGGUUCCUGCAGAGCCGAAGAGAUUUUGGUCUUCGUCAGCUGGAACAGACUGAGAGGGAGUGCCUGCUUCAGCUUAUCCGUGCAACCACCGUGGCAUCGAGCCAUCCAGAAUCACUUCAGCUAAAAGCAGCUGUAGAAAGUUGGGAUACCAUUGUGGCAGAUGUCAGGAACAAAAUUGCAUUCAGCAGGACACAAUACAAUGAACAUAUUGCUCUGGUGAAGAAUGGUUAUCCUCUGAAUUGCUUGCCUCCAUUACAGAUUCCUCCACCACCACCCAGUCCUGAUAUAUUGAUGCAGCAUUUCUUGGGAAAGCAAAUCGUGAAAGAAAAUUCCUUGAGAGCCAUUCCCAAUUCUCCUCAGCUUGCUUCGUCAUACUCUGGAGUUGGUUCUUCUACUAGCCAGGCUAGACCACCCUUGGUGACAGGUAUGGCCCAACCUUUACAAGUGUCUGUUUUGGAAACUGGAAUUUCUGAGGCAGUCAUAGGAAAUGAGCGCAUCAAGAUCAGCUGGGAGAGGAUUAUGGAUAAGCUGAAAACUGCCUUUCCAGAAUAUAGCAGGAAGGAGCUUACAGACCUUUUACGAAAACUGAAGGAUGCCAAUGGUAGAUCCUUGACUGGGCUGACAUUUGAUGAAAUAGUUCGUAGAGUUUCCCAAAUGAUUGAACCUAAAAGAUCCCAGAACCAAGUACAAAGAGUACAGAGUGCUGAUUCUAUUCCUCCUAGCCAUCCUCAGCCUAAACCCAGCAUUGACCAACCCCCACGCUCUGCCUGGAGAACCCUCAACCCACAGGUCCCUGUGGCAUGGGAAGGGACCAGAAAUUUGGCUGAUGAAGAAGAGCCUUGUGUGAUCUGCCAUGAUGGCCUCACUUCAGAAAACCUCUCUGUGCUGGCUUGUGCUCAUAGAUUUCACUCUCAGUGCAUUAAACCAUGGCUGAAACAACAGGGGACAUGUCCUACAUGCAGACUCUAUGUUGUGCUGCCAGAAGAAUUCCCUGGUCUUCCCAGCCGACACAUACCCAAAAUCUAAUGCAAGGGUGUCAAAUGAGAUCAGCUUCUGUACUCCAGAAUUCUGCUUUGCCUUAUUGUGUGAUAUUUGAGGUGGUGUGAAGUAAUGCACACAGCUGUUCCAUAACAGAGGAACUAGCUAACCAAAGUGAUAAAUCUUCAAAAUUUGCAGUCUGUAUUUCAUAAUAUGUAGACAAAAUGUGAUUUUAAAAAUUGAUAUCUUUAUACUUUCCCUUUCCUCGAUAGGUAUACCUUUCUGCUCCAAGUGCAACAAUUAAUAACGUGCUAGCCUUUCCAAGUCCUGUUGUCUUUUGUUUUCCUUCCAGUUACAGCCAUCUUCUGCUUAAAUGGAGAAGAGAGACUUGUGCAAGAGAUAAACUUGAGCAAUGAAGAAGUGGGCACAUUCACAAGCUGUGAAUGAAAGAAAUCCACAGAUUAUCCAAAAAAAUCUCUCUUCCAUUAGCCUUGAUCUCUAAGGUCAUUAGCAUAUAAACAAGAAGCAUAAUUUAAUUGUUUGAGUUUUUGUUUUUCCCCCUUGCUUUCGUCUUCCGAGGAAGAUACUCUUAAAUUAGUUGGCACCAAAAAUCAAAAUAAAAAGGAGUAAGACUAUAUUUAGAGGUUCCACCAGCUCAUCACCCUUAAGCCUUAGCAACCUGCUUUCUGUGUCCGACACUGCUGUCUUGAAGGCCACCAAUAUUCUCCUUAUUAUCAAAUCCUUUGCAAUAAUCUUUGAACUUUCUGCAACAUUUGACACCAUGCACUAACCCCUUCCUCAUUUGGUUUCCAUGACACUAGUUUUCCAACCUUUCUCCAUCUAUUCGUUAACUCUUUCAUUCAACAAUUUUUCUUUUUGUACCUGCUGUGUGCAGGUGCAAACGUUUUGCCAGGUUCUAGGAGAGCUUAAAAAAAUGGUUUAGAAAAGAGACUGUCCCUUCUUUCAUAGUGCUUACAGUUUAUUGGAGGUUAAGACACAAGCACAGAUAAUUAUAAUACAAAAUAUUAUAAAAGUAUACUACAAAGUUGUAGAUUAAAAUGAUCUUUUUCUCUUCCUCUUCCUCACCCCCAGAGAGAGUUCCUUCAGGUUUUUCCCUUUACCUCCUUCUCUUGCUAUACUCUCACCCUGGUUAACCUAAUCCACUCUCGCAAAAAUUACUUCUAUGUGCAUGACUUAAAUCUGUGGCUUCCUCCGACCCUCAUCUUUCUCCUAGACCCCAUUUCUUUGUUAACAACUGAUAUCUGGUUAUCAGCUUGUCCCAUUAGCUCUUCAAACUCCACAACAAAAACUCAUUUUAAUCCCCAAAUGAAAUCAUUUUCCUGAUUGAUGUUUCCAUUAAUGGGUCCACCAUUCUUCCCGGCCUUCCGUCUUCCCGGCCUUCCGUCUUCCCUCUUUCUCUUCCCACAUGUAAUCAAUUACCAGGUCCUAUUGAUUUUAUAUUCACAAUAUCUCUUCACCCCACCCUCUUUCUGUUGCCACUGCCACCUCCCAGUUCAUGUCCCUGUUGUCCCUUGCUUGGACUACUGCCAUUGCCUCCUAACUGCUUUUGGCUAGACCUGAUGACUCCCUCACUGUUCAUUGAGCAUUCCUUGUGCUUCUCACUCCUUAUCCUUCUGCUCACCUUAUUCCCUUCACCUGAAAUACCCUACAAGCAGGCACAGUGUCUACCUUGCCAAAUUUUUCCUAUUCUUCAAGUCCUAGUUCUAAAGCCAAUUCCUUCAUGAAGCCUUCCCUGACCCUCUUCCCAGUCAGUUGGAUUUUUUCCAUAUAUGAACCUCCAUAAUAUGUUUUUAUUAUUUUAUUAUUGUGCUCCUACUUUGUAUUAUAUUUAUAAACUUUUCCUAUGCCUACUACUAGACUGUAAGUUCAAGCCCUGGGACAGGCAUUGUUUCCUUCCUGGGGGUGUGCAUUCCUUCCUGCUGGAGUAGGGAGACUAAUUUCUCACCCCUUGUCGUCAUCCUCUACUGACUUGUUCCCCAUGGAGGUUGGGGCCCUCCGGGUGAGGGAGUGGGGGACACUGAAGUAGGAGGAGAUAGAUACCUCUCUUUUCUUCCAUGGCUACUCAAAUAGGGCUAUCUCUGCUAGGGCCACUUUUCUUCUCCUCUUUCAGAUCCUUUCCCCCUCCAACAUCCCCUAUCCAGUACAACGCUAACUCUCCCUAGUCCCACUUCUCCUCUGUCCUUUAGAACCACUAUUGUUCACUACUUCUUUCAUUCCAGUCUUCUCACAUUCCGUCCCUUCUGAAGACCUCAUCUCUCUCGGCACCCUCUCCAACGUUGGCUUCUCCAGUAUUCCCUGUUGCACAGGGCCAGGAGGAAUUGGUAAAUUUCUUGCUCUCCACUGCCACUUUCAGAAUCCUCUCUUGGCCAUCUCAUGCGGGACCUAGCUCCUCUUCCUCUUCAUGUUGUCCAGGUUGGGGGGUGUUGUUGCCGUUGCUGCUUGUCACUCUAUGUCAGCAUCCCUCCUCUACAGUGUGCUCAGUAUGUGGUUUAUAGCUUUCCCUGCCCCACAUCACAGCUUUCCAGUUCCUUGACUUCCUCAACUCCCAUGACCUCUGUUCAACCACAGUUAGGAAUGGUCCAACUCUGUACCACUCUGCUCCCCAACUAAAUUCAUUUUAGAUGCUGGGAUUUCUAGCUGCAGUCCAGGUCUGUGACAACAGCAGGCAUGUUUUCUUCCAUUUUCUUAAUCAACUGCAGUACCUAGAACGGGGCCUUUCAUGAAAAUGGGAUCUUCACAAAUAGGUACUGACAAUUGAAUGAGACAGAGGAGGGGAGAGUUAAGGGAAGCAGGGCUUGAUCCACAAAAUAGAGAAUUGCUGAAUAAUUGAUAGGCUUCACUUGCAGACCUGAGUCUCCUCCAAGUACUUAAAAAAAUCUCCAUUUUCACCCAUUUGACCCUAGCCGGAGAACUUACUGAUUGUAUGUAUUUUUUGUAUUGUAUGGUUGCACUCUUACAUCAAUGCCUGGGCUAUCACCCAGAUCUUAACGCUGAGAACUGUUAUAAUUGUUAACUGCAACAAUUGUAACUGAGACUCUAUUAUUAUUAAAGUGAAGAUGGUGUUAUGUAAGUACUGUUCCUUUGUACCCGCUCCAGAAUUAGAAGAAUUCAGUUCCUCUGUGUGAUGAAUGUUUGUCAGACCAUGGUCAAGGUCUUGGUUUCACUUAACAUAUGGACCUUAAGUCAACAAUUUUCCCUGUAUGCUUUAGAUUAAAUGUGUCAUUAAACUUUUAAAUCUC